CUCAUAUCAAGAAUUUUUUCAUACUCAAAACUUAAACCCGAAAUUUUUAAUUAAGCGGAGCAACCCACCUGCUGCUGCACCACAUACUUUCAGAUAUUACCAUUAUUUAGUACUAUGAAACUAUCCCAAAAAUUGAAAAGAAAAGGAAAAGACAAGAGUGAUGUGUUUUAAAACCCUGGUCAUAGUCUGAGAAUCCCACUUCACUUGUAUUCUCUCUUCCCUCUCUUUCUCCGCUCGCUCCUGUUUUGCGGUGGCGUACAGCUUCACAAGCUCAGUGUACCAACAUUUGUUACAUAAACCCCUUUUACCCAAAAGCCUGAAUUUUUCUAUAAAGAAAUCAAUUUUCAGCUGUUUAGCAUCAUGAAUGCUCCUAUAAUUGAUCCAUUGCAGGGGGAUUUCCCUGAAGUUAUAGAAGAGUAUUUGGAUCAUGGGAUCAUGAAAUGCAUUGCCUUUAAUCGUCGCGGAACCCUUCUUGCAGCUGGAUGCGCUGAUGGAAGUUGCCUUAUCUGGGAUUUUGAGACAAGAGGUAUUGCAAAAGAAUUCAAGGACGACGAAUGUGUUGCCUCAAUUACAAGUGUUUGUUGGUCAAAGUACGGUCACCGUAUACUUGUCUCCGCUGCUGAUAAGUCCUUGACACUCUGGGAUGUUGUCAAAGGAGAGAAGAUAACUCGGAUCAUGCUACAGCAAACCCCUUUACAAGCUCGCCUACAUCCUGGGUCCUCUACUCCAUCUAUUUGCUUGGUGUGUCCCCUUUCAUCUGCUCCCAUGAUUGUUGACUUGGAUACAGGAAGCGUGACUGUGCUCCCUGUCUCGCCUACUGAAGGAGGAAAUGGACUUGCUCCUACUUCAAAAAAUAAACUUUCAGAUGGAUCUGCCCCAUUUAGUCCUACUGCAGCUUGCUUUAACAAGUAUGGAGAUCUGGUUUAUGUGGGAAACUCCAAAGGGGAAAUAUUAAUCAUCGACCAUAAAAGAGUUCAAGUGCGUGGUAUAGUUCUUGUUCCAGGCUGUGCUGUUAUAAAGAAUAUCGUGUUUAGCAGAAAUGGACAGUAUCUCUUAACAAAUUCAAAUGAUCGUACAAUAAGGAUAUACGAGAACCUUCUUCCAAUAAAAGGUGCACUUAUGGGUCUAGAUGAAGCAACCAAUGGCCUGAAUGAUCUGGAAGGGGUCGAGAAGCUGAAAGCUAUUGGAGCGCAAUGUUUAGCCCUGUUUCGGGAGUUUCAGGAUUCUGUCACCAGGGUGCACUGGAAAGCUCCAUGUUUUAGUGGUGAUGGUGAGUGGGUUGUUGGUGGUUCCGCCAACAAAGGAGAGCACAAGAUCUACAUUUGGGAUCGGGCCGGUCAUCUUGUGAAAAUUCUUGAAGGACCGAAGGAAGCGAUAAUAGAUCUAGCUUGGCAUCCUGUCCACCCUAUUGUAGUCUCUGUUUCGCUAGCUGGGUUAGUCUAUAUUUGGGCAAAAGACUACACCGAGAAUUGGAGUGCAUUUGCUCCUGAUUUCAAAGAACUUGAAGAAAAUGAGGAGUAUGUUGAAAGGGAAGAUGAGUUUGAUCUCAAUCCUGAUGUGGAGAAGGUUAAAGAGUCAGAUGUCAACGAGGAUGAAGAUGUUGACAUCGUUGGUGUGGAGAAAGAUUCGACUUUCAGCGAUUCAGACAUGUCAGGAGAUGAAAUUUGCUUUUUGCCUGCUGAUCCAAUUCCUGAUGUUCCAGAGCAGCAGGACAAGUGUGUUGGUAGUUCCUCAAAGCUAGGAGAGAGCAACCAAUCUGGAUCCCCUCUUUCAGAGGAUGCUGGACAAAAUGGGCUAGUGAAUCAUGAGUCCAGUCCAUUUGAAGGUGAGAUUUCCCAAUAAGUUAUAUUCCAUAGGAGGGAGAACAGAAGAUGUCUGUUCCAGAAAACAUAUGCAGCAAACUUGAUUUUUGUUUUGUGCACAUGAAUGAACAUCCGCUGUUCAAUUUUGAUUGGACUGUAAGAAUGAACAAGGGAUUUUGGCUUCAUAUGUAGCAAAUAUGUAUUCUUGAUUGCUGGUUGUUGCUCCCAAACGCACACGCAAGUAUACGGGGUGGCCAAGUAAUAUAGUGACUUGUAAAAGUCGGAUAUCGUACCCAGUGAACCCACAGAGACUUGUGAUCAACGAUUAAACAAGAAUUUACUAUUACUACUAAUUAUGCAAAUAUGAAUUUAGAAUGGUUGAUUGUUUUUGUAAACUAAUGCAGAAAUUAAGUAACUAGUUAAUUACACUAACAAUUUGGCACGAAUGUUUGGUUAAGACUUGAGUUUAUCACAGAGAGAAGACUAUUCCAGGGUUACAACACUUUCGUAAUCAUGUUGCACAUUCACUUUAACCUUUAUUCUUUAUCGAGACAGGGCUGAUAUUAUGACUACGAAUCUCUCGAGUUCUCUAGUCACCUAUUCGUAUUACUUUCAUGCCUAUAUCUCUAUGGUCAUGAACAUUCACACAAAUGCAUUUAUAUUUCCUCUAUAUCAACCAAGUAAGGCGAACUAGGUAUAUCUCUAUCCUAGACGCUUAUCCGCUCCUCGAUGCCCAGGGUUAAGAUCCCACUCUACUUAAUCUUCGUUCUAUCUUAGUAUUCCUCUCUCGAGUUCAAUCUAAGAAUCAAAUAUAUAUCCUAUUGGUAACAGUAAAAUAGUCGAGCACAAGAUUAAGUAAAUAACUCAUAUGAUAAAUAUAGAAAAUGUCAACUCAAGUUCAUACGUUGGCCAUAACCCCAGAACAAGGGAAUUUAGCCGCUCAUUUGGAUACAACAAGUAGUUUUCAUGUUCAAUCUAAAAGAAGAUGAAACAAUGAAGGUAAAAGAAAUAACCCUACGAUGAAAAACCUUACUCCUUGCUCUCUACGAAAUAAAACGUCCGAACCCUUCAAAAACGACCGAAAGAACUAUUCAUGGUGUUGAGAAAAUAACCCUCCAAGGCCCAUCCAAAACGGGUUAGGACUUAGAAAAUAUCUCCCGUCAGCAUACAUAGCUCCCUGAGCAAGCCUUGGAGCGAGAUGGGACCUCGCCCUGGCCUUCGCUCAGCGAGCUCAUGGGUCUCAUUUUGUACCUGGCGAAAUUUCUUGCAAUCUUCAAUUUCGAGCAGUGCAGCUCACUGGGCGAGCAUUAGAGCGAGCAUACACCUCGCUUUCACCUUCGCUGAGCGAGCUAUCCAUGUCAUUCCACACUUUUCCAAUUUUCGUGAACUAAUCUUUUUGCAUAGCCCAUUUCGUUGAGCGAGGUGGAGGUCGAGAUGUGUCCUCGCUCCAGCCUUAGCUCAGCGAGGUCACUCCUCCAGUUUUUACUUGGCUCAUUUCACGUCUUGUUCGUUUGCAUACAUUGUCGGCUUUUCUGAGCUAGCAUCAUGACUAGGUCUUAUUCAUUUUCGUUCAAAUCGAUGCUUUUUCCACUUAGAGGUCAUUUGGUACGCGGAGUAAAUUAUCCCGAGACUAAUUUAUCCCAUUUAGGAGGUGGAAAUGUGGGAUAAAAUAAUCCCAAGGUUAAUGGGAUAAGGUGGGAUAUCCCAUCUUUAAGUUUAGGCUUCAUUUUAUAUUUUGUUUGGUAGAAGGUAUAACAUGGCGGUUAGGCGUAUAAAUACACCUAACAUCAUUGUCAGACCUAAGAGCCGUUUGGACAUGAUUUGAAAUCAUGUUUGGACAUGCAAUUUGGAUUUCUUAAGUUGUAUUUUUUUUAAUAGACAUAAAAACCCCACAAGUUGUGAAAACCACCAAAACUUUCCCAAUUCUUAUACAAUCUUACCAAAUGAGCAAGUCAUCGUUCAUAACAAAAUUAAUAUGCUACUAGAAGGCCUUUCUAAAAAUACAGCAUCAAUUGAUUAAAAUUUAGUUCAAUAAAAAGGAAAAUGUAACAUGAUUACUAAUGUAACUACUCUUUAAUAUAAUUCUCCCACAUGGUACGAACAAUCUCUUCACGCCGAGCAUGCAUUUCCCGAUCAGAUGACCGAGAAGAUGAACCAACAUUGUUAUAUUUAAAAAUUUUAUGGGUCUUUUUUUACAAAUAUAAACUUAUCAGUCAAGUUUUAU